AAAUAAAGUGUAGCGGUGUUAAGUUACUUACGUGUUAAAAUUUUUUAUUUUGAUUUGCUUGUGCGUUAGUUGUCUAGUGCUAGUUUAUAUACUUCUACAACUUGUGUAAUCAGACAAUUUGUAAUUAACACUCGGAGAUAAAAAAAAACAAUCUUUUUCCGUGAAAGCAAUUUUGUACAGAAACAAAGAAAAAUUUUAUACACCAUCGCUUAAUAAUAUUUUUGCGGUCUUACUUGGUUCGAAAAUGGUUCGAAAUAAGUAACGAGAGCGACAUCGUGUGAGUAGAGUCGAAACUAAAAUGUACGCGCGCGAGUUUUAUUCAUAAUGUCCGAUAUAAAAGACGCUUUGUUGUCAUUGUGCAAAUACAUCGCUUCGUUGACAAACGUAAACUUAACGCCCGAACAUCUGAGGCUGGCCAAGGACAACUAUCCGGACAAAAAUGCCGAAGAAACACUGUGGAGCACACUGCACGUUCUGAGUUACUUUUCUGCGUCAGAAAAACGGAGCGACGUAGAUUUCCGAGAUUACGAUACUCAGUUAGCGGUGAAGCUACACUUCGCUUUUUUGCAAUAUCCGACAAUAGAGUUUUACGGUCUAUCACGAGGCGGUAGUCGCAACAGAGAUUUAUUAAUCGCUUUAGCUUGGCUUCUGGCAAAGCAAGAUUGUCUGAAUGUUGUUUUUCGAACGAAACUGAUCAACAGUGUUCUGGGCGCCGAAUGCUCGCACGAAGACUCACUAGAAACCGCGCCAUUAAAUCUAUCGACUAAUCAAUCGUUAUCGACGAGUGAUCUGCUCGACAAUAUUUUGCAUCUGAACGCGAAGGUAAAUCUGAAUCUGAAAGAGAUUUCCGAAUUGAUCCGGGAACAAGGCAGAUUGAUAUGUAGAGUGCACGCGGCGAGUGUCAACGUUAGCGGUUUGCCGCAUCUGAACGUGUCCGAAUUAGCGUUGACAAAACGUCUCGUAACGAACGUCAUCAACGACGCAAGUGUAAAUCCCGAAGAAAAAAAUCGACAAAAACUGCGAGAAUUUCACAAAAUUGGAAUUCUACUCGAGACACGCGUCAAAUGGCUGAGGAAGCAGCACGUGUUCUUCGAUUGGAUGGCUACAGUAGUCCAAGAUCACAAGAAAUUCAAAGAAUCUCCAAAUCCAGGAAGAAUAGAUUUGCAAGAACUCGCCGCAUUCAGCUCACUGUUGUGUCGUAUAAUUGAAGAGAAGCUUCAAGGUUUUGCGUCGGCGAGCAAUAAAUCUCAAAAUUUGGCUUUGGAUUGCUCAUCUCGAACACACAAAAUUCAAGGUAAUAAUAGCGAAGCGGCAAAGUGGUUGGACGAUUUGAACGAACGCCAGAACCGCGCGGAGGAAAAUCUACAACAAAAUAGGAAACGUUUGUUCGACGAAUUGGAACGAAUGUUGAACUUGAUACCGUCCACUGUUCGCGUUUGAUCGACGUGUUUGAAACACACACAUUUUUUAACAAAAUUAUCACACAUAUAUUGUUACACAUAGAAAAAACUUAUCUAUUGUCAUAAUCAAGUAAAAAACUGAUCUAGUCGUAUACAUUAUUUACAUAUUCAUACUUAUCAGAAAUAAAUAAAUGACAUGGAACUUAACAUAAAUGACAAUACGUGUGUAAAUAUCGACUGCGCCGAGUAAAAACAUGUUUUAGAAAUAUUUAGAUAUGUCCAUAGUUUUUUGCUCAAUGAAAAAUGU